AUAGGGCGUCCCCGAGCCGCGGUUGACAGGGCGUCAUUUCCGCCGCGGCGGCGCUGACUCGUCUUUGCGGCGUUGGCGGCGGGAGAGACGAUGAAGCUCCUGCUUCUUGCUGUGUUUGCCCUGGUGUUUGUGGCUGACUGUGAGGAUGGCGCCAGGCUCCUGGCCUCCAAAUCCCUGCUAAACAGAUAUGCGGUGGAGGGCAAGGACUUGACUUUGCAGUACAACAUCUACAACGUUGGCUCCAGUGCUGCCCUAGAUGUGGAGCUGUCGGAUGAUUCCUUCCCCCCAGAAGACUUUGGCAUCGUCUCUGGCAUGCUCAGCGUCAAGUGGGACAGGAUUGCUCCAGCGAGCAACGUGUCCCACACUGUGGUUCUACGGCCUCUCAAGGCUGGGUACUUCAACUUCACCUCUGCCACCAUCACGUACCUGGCACAGGAGGGUGCACAGGUCGUGGUUGGCUUCACUAGUGCUCCCGGGCAGGGAGGAAUCCUGGCUCAGCGUGACUUUGACAGGAGGUUCUCCCCUCACUUUCUGGACUGGGCGGCAUUUGGCGUGAUGACCCUGCCCUCCAUCGGGAUCCCCCUGCUGCUCUGGUACUCGAGCAAGAGGAAGUACGACACCCCCAAGACCAAAAAGAACUGAGCAGAGUCAAAUGCCAUCAGCACCCCAGCGCUUGGGAAAGGACAACCCUGAACCCCCAAGAACAGUGGCUGGGCUGGGAUGGCACCGUCCCCUGCGAGGUGCUGCCUGGGCUGUGCUUCAGCCCUCUGGGCAAAGGAUGUGGGGGCUGCAGCAGCAGCAAUGAGGUGUCCUCUGUGUUCUAAAGGAGGAACAAGCAAACAGAAAAAAGAACAACCAAAAGUCCCAAACUGCCUUGUCCAGCGCGUUUUGGAGAUGGAACCCCUCUCUCCUCUGCAGCCGCAGCAAUAUGAGCAGGAGCAGUGUGUUAGUGCCCAGAGCAGCCUGUCUGUGGGCUCUGCCCCUGUGCUGCCUCCAGCUCCCAUUUGCCUGUGUCAGUUUUCUGCAAGGUGUCAUAUCUCAGGGCCCCCUCCGGGUGCUGCCCGCCCUGUGGGACGGAGCUUGCUCUUCUUAUGGAUGGGUAACGUGAUGGUUUGCUCUCACAAUUAGGUAAUAUAUAUUACGUGUAUUAAGAGAAGUUUUAUUGAUCUGUUAUCUUAUUGUGAUUUGUUUGGAUGACCUCUGUUCUCCCCAUGUGGUUGCCAUGAGAUGGCCAUGGUAGGUGGGAGAUGUGAAAAGAAGGCGCGUACCUGUUUCCUUUGCAUGGGGCUUUUGGGAGGAGGGAAGGCUUGUUACUAGGAGGUGCAGCGGGACAACACCGACUCCAAUCAAGUUGCAAGAGAGUAGCCUCCACCAAUAAAUGACAAGAGUUCAGUGGCAGACUUUGGGAGCAGCCAGGGUUUCCUAAUGCAAUCCCCCAGGGGUAUAAAAGGUGGAGCAGCUAUUCUGUAGAGGAGCUGGUAGCUGCCAGGUCACCAAGUCCCAGCAUGCUGUCCCUUUUUCUUAUUUAAUAUUUUGUUGUAUUUUCUUUUUAAUAAACCUUUGCUAUUUUAAAAA